CCCGAUCCCGACAUGGGCUACAGAUCAGACCAGCUGCUCAUCGUCGUCUCCAUAUUGGAAGGGAGACAUUUCCCAAAGCGCUCUAGGCAUAUGCUUGUGGUUGAAGCCAAGUUCGAUGGUGAGCAGCUUUCUACAGACCCGGUACCUCAUUUAGAGCAGCCACAGUUUGCUACCGAAUUAGCAUGGGAACUUGACAGGAAAGCUCUUCACCAACACAGGCUGCAACGAACACCAAUCAAGCUGCAGUGCUUUGCCUUGGAUACUUUAACGUCUGUAAAAGAAUCAAUUGGAUAUGUGGUUUUAGAUUUAAGAGCG